CGGCUACAGAUUUCAAGGUUGUUAGGCGGCUUAUCCAAGUCUCGCGGAUGAUCGCCAAAUUCUUAAGUUUCUGCAUAAGACACACACUGUUACUUUUCAAAUCACAGGCUCAGGUAACUAUCUGCGAAAACUAAUCUAUUCAUAACAGGAAAUCCUGAUUGGAUAACUAAUUGAAAUGCCAUUCAAUUAUUUUUCAUUUCGAAUUCGGUGUGCACACUGGUUAUUAGCUCGAAUCAGUCUCUUCCAGUCAGUUUGUCUGUUAUUAUGGUUAGGUGAGCGGGCUUAUCAUGAAACAGAGCCACCUAUACAUCCAUGGAUAGUUUAUACGUAUAUUGGCUUUGGUUUGAUCGCAUCAACUGGAAUAACGAGUCGCUUCUUGACACGUCUAUCACUAACCAUAAUCCUCUUGAGUCAGUUGUACAUGACUUAUGUGUUUUGUUUGGAAAAACGUUUAGGGUAUUCAAAAUGUAUCCGUGCACGUAUUAGUUUAAGGUGCUUGACUACAAUUGGUGUGUAUUUUCGACUGCUUGGAGUAAAUGGCUAUAAUGAUAAACAAAAACAGACAGAUCCACACAAUAACGAUAAUCAGGUUGAUCAAUCACGCAAAAUGAAGCCAUCUACAAGUGUUUAUGCUUUCGGCUUAACUAUAAUGUCUGUAUCAUUAUGUUUAUUAAGUAUAUUCUGUAUACCUGUAGAAAUAUUCCAAUUGGAUAGAGAUAUUCAACUGACAGAAAUCAAUUCAACAUUAAUUCUAUCAAUUGACAGUUAUGUAUCUAAAUUGUUAAGUCUAAUUUUAGGUAUAUGUUUGUUAACAGCUGGUAUCAUCUACUCAAUUCCUGUAAUUAUACAUGACCAAUUCCUAUCAAACAAUGCAUUUUCUUACAAAAACUGUUUAUUCCAGUUUGCUGAUUAUCUUAUCGGGUUUUCUUUUUUAAUUUUAUCCUUAAUUCGUGAUUGUAAUUUUAAUUAUUGGCAUAUUAAAGGAUGUGAAUUUUGGUUGGAAAUACGUGUACUGCUAGAGAAUAUUACCAUUCUCUUAGGUAUUUUUGUAAUAAACAAUUUGCUUAUCAACGAUAGUGUAAGUACCCCAAAUGAGAAUUGUUUAAAGAAAUUGAGAGUGAAUAGUAAAUCACUAAAAAGUCAAUAGGUUUAUGUAAAUAAAAGAAUUUUUCAGUCUGUUACUUUAAUUUCUACUUCAUUUUUUGUUCUAUUAAGAGAUGUUUCUUUGUUUGUAUUUAACUGGUGAAUUCCUCGUACAUCGUUUAUUGUAAUAGAAAAUGCGAACAAUAAUCUUUUGUACAGUAUGGAACCAACUCGUCUAAAUUUCCUUGCUCACAUCUCAGCUACAAAAACGUUAGUGCGUCGUUAAUUUAAAGUUUUAAUAAAUCUCAAUUCAAUAUGAUAAAUUAUCCAUCAGAGAAAAUUGAAUCCGUUUAAACAGUGAAAUUACAACAGUUUGAAGAGAAUGGUUUUGGUAAAUAAUUGACAUGAUAAUAACAGAAUAUUAGAGAUUAUUGUAUUACUUAAUAGGUAAAAAUCUUUUGUUGGGUCAAAACUUAGCUUCAGCGAUCAAUAAUUCUAAACGGUUAACCUAUAACCGUCUUAUCAGUAGAAAUGAACCAUGUGAACAACAUUCCUGUUAUUACGGAGUCUUUUAUCGUUCCGUAUUUGUAUAAAUUCUGUCAUACUGCGUAAAAAUAAAGUGAACUCCAAUACUCUGGUCACCGCAUAAAUUGUUCAUGAAAGCUUUAAACUUUAUUGAAAAUGAUUUGCAUUUCCGCUUUCUAAAUAAACAAUGAAUUAUCAUUACGACUGCAUCUGUUUGUAAUAUGCUACAUGAAUAAUGAAACGUCAAAUAUAUUGUUCGA